AUGGAUAUCUCUACGCUCAUAUCUCAGGCCAGGCCAAAUCUAGUUCCUUAUGAAUCCCUGUUUCGCACACUUCACGCCGAUCCGGAGCUAUCUCUACAAGAAAGCGCAACAGCUAGAAUGAUUCACGAUAAGCUAAAACUGCUUGAGGGGGUUGAGAUUCGGCCGAAUAUUGGCGGGCAUGGAAUCGUUGGAAUUCUCAGGUCCGGCACAGGAAAGACCGUUCUUCUUCGAGCUGAUAUCGAUGCGUUGCCCUUACAAGAGCAGACUGGGUUACCAUACGCAAGCACCAAAAGAAUGAUAGACAUCACAGAUAAUGUUGAGAAACCGGUUAUGCAUGCUUGUGGUCAUGAUAUGCAUAUUACAUCUUUGCUUGCUGCUGCAGAACUUCUACACACAUGCCGGGAUAGUUGGAAGGGUACGGUCGUGCUACUUUUCCAACCAAACGAAGAACGUGGCGCUGGUGCACAAGCUAUGGUUGAUGAUGGUUUAUACGAUGAGAAGAGACACGCGGUUCCACGACCAGAUGUAGUUCUUGGUGCCCAUGUUAUGCCCAUGAGGGCAGGAAUGCUCAAUACAAGAAAAGGGAUUUUUGGUAGUGCAGCAGAUAGCUACCAAGCGACUCUAUUUGGUCGAGGUGGACAUGGAAGUCGUCCACAUACGACUGUAGAUCCAGUAGUUCUUGCAUGCAGCACAGUGAUGAAACUACAGACGAUUGUGAGUCGGGAGACGAACCCACAGGAGGCGGUUGUUGUGACUGUUGGAGCGUUACAGGCAGGCACAACGGAGAAUGUCAUUAGUUCAGAGGCACUGUUGCGUAUCAAUACUAGAACUUUUACUGCCGAUUCACGAAAUCGCGUCAAAGCAGCGAUUGAGCGUAUCAUCAAUGCCGAGUGUGUCGCCUCUGAUUCUCCCAAACCACCGCUUAUCGAAGAGACGAGCUCGUUUCCAUUACUAUACAAUGAUGAAACAGCCACUGAUACUAUUUCCCAAGCAAUGAGGGAACACUUCGGGGAGAACUUUUCCCCCAAUGGACCAGUCUCGAUGGGCAGUGAGGAUUUUGCGAACUUGGCUAUCUCGACACCUUCCUGCUUUUGGAAUUAUGGAGGAAUUGAUCCACAACGAUGGGACGAAGCUGAGAAGGCUGGUAAGCUUGCUGAGAUUGCAGGUAAUCAUAGCCCUCUUUUCGAAAUAGCUAUUCAGCCUACUCUCACUGUUGCUACCGAAGCAUACGCUGUUGGAGCUUUAGCAUUCUUGCUCUAA